GCGCAUGCGCUCGCCAGCCGCCAUGUUGUGUCCUGAACAAAAACUGGGUGAGGGGGAGCGGACGGAGCCCGGUGCGAACGAGUAAAUGAGACCCGGGAGUCGAACGCUGAGCUUCGAUGCGGCCUGGGUAUUCCGGGAAGAGAGUCACCGGAGAGCGGCUGGCCUCCGACGCCGGCGAGCAAGCAGCGGUUGCUCCAAGGAAAUCUGCAGACCUACUGCUUUGCUACCUUUGAAGACCUUGCUGCAGCUGACAGACUGAGCUUUGUGCCUUUUUGUACACGAGAGCAGAUAUUGCAAGGAAGAGCAAUUAGUUUACUGGAAGGAACAGUUAACUUUAAAAGGUUGUGCUUUUAAGGACAAAAUAAAGCUGAUUGAGGGAUCAGCAUCAUGUCUAUCACCAAUACCCCAACUAGUAAUGAUGCCUGCCUGAGCAUUGUACACAGUUUGAUGUGCCAUCGACAAGGUGGAGAAAGUGAAACCUUUGCCAAAAGAGCCAUUGAGAGCUUGGUCAAAAAGCUGAAGGAGAAGAAAGAUGAGCUGGAUUCACUAAUCACAGCUAUAACAACCAAUGGAGCUCACCCCAGCAAAUGUGUCACGAUACAAAGAACGCUAGACGGAAGACUUCAGGUUGCUGGACGGAAAGGUUUUCCACACGUGAUUUACGCCAGACUCUGGAGAUGGCCUGAUCUUCACAAAAAUGAACUCAAACAUGUAAAAUAUUGUCAGUAUGCAUUUGACCUGAAAUGUGACAGUGUCUGCGUGAACCCUUAUCACUAUGAGCGUGUGGUUUCUCCUGGCAUUGAUCUCUCAGGAUUGACGCUGCAAAGCUCAGGUCAAACAAGCCUUUUAGUGAAAGAUGAAUUUGUAAAUGAUUAUGUGCAAGUUGAAGGACCGCCGUCUCUGUUGAAUACUGAAGGACAUUCUUUACAAACCAUUCAGCAUCCACCCAGCAGCAGGCAACCAAAUGAAAGUUACAGUGGACCAGCCAUGUUAACACCAGCAGAGCCAAGUACUCCAAGCACCACAAAUUUCCCCAGCAUUCCUGUUGCCACCACAAGUCAGCCGAGUAAUAUGUUGCCAGUGAGCCAUAAUGAUGGAUUAAUACCGAUCGCCUCGGGACCUCAACAAACAACGCAGCAGAAUGGCUUCCCAGCACAACCAGCAACUUACCAUCACAAUAGCACUACAACUUGGACUGGAAACAGGACAGCAACAUUUACACCAAACAUGCCUCAUCACCAGAAUGGACACCUUCAACACCAUACCCCUAUGCACCAUACAGGCCAUUACUGGGCAGUACAUAAUGAGCUUGCCUACCAACCACCCAUAUCUAAUCAUCCAGUUCCUGAAUACUGGUGCUCUAUUGCCUACUUUGAGAUGGAUGUUCAGGUUGGAGAAACAUUCAAGGUGCCCUCUAGCUGUCCUGUGGUUACUGUGGAUGGAUAUGUGGAUCCUUCUGGAGGUGAUCGUUUCUGUCUGGGCCAGCUUUCCAACGUACACAGAACUGAUGCCAUUGAAAGAGCCAGGUUACACAUUGGGAAAGGCGUGCAGUUAGAGUGCAAAGGGGAAGGAGAUGUUUGGGUCCGAUGUUUGAGUGAUCACGCCGUGUUUGUGCAGAGUUACUACUUGGAUCGGGAAGCAGGCCGGGCACCUGGAGAUGCAGUCCAUAAGAUUUACCCAAGUGCAUACAUUAAGGUGUUUGAUUUGCGUCAGUGUCACCGUCAAAUGCAACAACAGGCUGCCACAGCUCAGGCCGCGGCUGCUGCCCAGGCCGCAGCUGUUGCUGGAAACAUUCCUGGACCAGGUUCGGUGGGAGGGAUUGCUCCAGCCAUCAGUUUGUCAGCUGCAGCUGGAAUUGGAGUGGACGAUCUGCGACGCCUAUGCAUUCUCAGGAUGAGCUUUGUUAAAGGCUGGGGACCUGAUUACCCGAGACAAAGCAUUAAAGAAACCCCUUGCUGGAUUGAAAUCCACCUACACCGUGCCCUCCAGUUACUGGAUGAAGUGCUUCACACCAUGCCAAUCGCAGAACCACAGCCCUUGGACUGAGUUCCUCUGUGCAGUUACCGUCUUGCUUGGGUGGGUGAGGGAGAAGACUAGAGUUCUGCCUUGCUUAAAAACUGAUAUUUUACCAUUGUUCACAAUAUGCUUUCAGAACAAAAAAAGGAUUGCAAAACGAAAACCAAACAAAACUACUGUUUAUUUCUCUCAAGACAAGAAACCCAGUAUUCCAUCUAAUGCCUUUGUUUUAUAUAUAACUGGUGUUCCUGAAACUCCACCAGUAUGUUUCUCAGCCUGUGUUAUUUGUAACAGACUGCAUUUUAGUUCCCAGGAACAGUUAGUUAGUUAAGCCCAUCACCCCUAGUGGGACAUAGACCACCAACGUGCCAGGAUCCUCUGUCCUGGGCCAGUAUUUCAAGUUGUCUCCAGGUGUAGCCCAUCUUCAAAGAGCCUUCCUGUCCCAGGGAUGAGCUCUUUGGAGUUUAUGUUGGUGUUUCUGUAGUGCUGGGCUUUUUACAGGAUGGGUUUGCUAGCUCCAAGCCCAGUCCUCCUCUUUUCACAGCUGGGCUUGGGACCAUUCAUGGCAGAGUUUCCCAGGAAUCAUGCCUUCCCUUUAUAUUCUGUGAAGAAAGCUUAACUUGGUUUAGAAACAGGCCGCUAGCUUAUUUUAAGUUAAGAUACUUUUCUUGAAUCCAAAUUGAAUAUCUGGAGUGGUGGUGAAGAGAUGGAGGGGUGUGUGGGGAGAGGGAGAUGGUGAUUGAGAAGUUGGUGGGAUAAAUGAAGUGCAGGAGUGAACAUUAAUUAAUUGUUUUUGCUGCCUGUGUCAAGAGAGGCAGUAAAGGAGAGGAUUUAUUUUAAGUUAAGGAAAAGACAUGGUUUAUGAUUUAUAAGUUAGAAAUUUCAAAAAUUGAUUAAAAAAAAUUGGUAGCCUUCUAUCGCAUUGUAGUUCAUGCAUUAGUUCAAGGAAGCCAAUCUCUUGCUACCCUUUACACAUCCAGGCUUUCUUUAUUUGAAAGUACACCUGUAUUGGCACUUUAUUCAAAUUUCUGUUUAUGUACUGCGCCCUUGAGAGAUCUCCUCUCCAGAGAAAUGUUUGUCUUGUACAGUCCGUUCUUUACCAUUAAUAUAAGUUAGCUUCAUUAUUUUUUUCAGUUUGAAUUUUCUUUACGAUUUUUUUUCCAUUUGGCCUGUUUUACUAACUUGCUUUGGCCAAAGCCUUCAGAAUGUUUAGUUUCUUAUCAGGAAAGAGGUUCCAAAAGGGGGUUAAAAAUUAUAAGGAGCCCAGUUCUUGUUGGUAACACUAAAGAUUAGUGGAACUUUUUUCCCAGUAGCAUCUGACAUUGAAACAUCUCUUUUGUUAUCUUUAUCAGCUAACCCAUCCUAUUUUAACCAGCUACAGGGACGGGCUGGAAACGAUAAAUAUCGUCAGUGAUGUUACCUUUGAGAUGGGCUUUUGUUGGUGGUGAAUAUUCCUACAAUUUACAGCCAAAUCAAAUUUUAUUUUUAAUAGCUCAUACUGUAGAUCUUUUGGACUUCAAUUUUUAAAAAAAUAAUUCACUGGUGUUGAUACUUAAUGUAAUCGGCUCUAAAAUAGAUCUUGGAAAAUGACACCAUCUGAAAUUGCUUCUACCAUUAUCACCGGGUGUUUAAUCAAGUGCAAAUAUUCUCGUCUAGACAGUCAGAAUCUGACUUGUGUUAUUGGAUGUUUUCCAGUUUGGGUGGGCAUGACGUACAAGUUCUGAGCAUCCUCGCUCUCUGAGGAAAAAAUACCCAAAAGGGAGUGUGUCAAUGACUGCUUCACAUCAUUGAAAUUUAAAUUAUUUAAUUUCUUGCUCCGAAUCACUGGGAUACGUCAUGAAAUUUGUUGUUUUGUGGCACUAGUACGUCUGCUGAUUAGUUUCUGUGAAGGACAAACUACCACCAUUUCAAGUGAAUCCAAGUCUAAAAUGAAGUGUAUCUCUUAUGAAAUAUUUGUCAUUUUUACGGGAAUUAAAAGUGAAGAUAGGAAACUAUAAAUUUACAUGAUUUUUUAAUCAACAUCACAUUGUCUUUGAAUUGCUUGUCAAUAAUGUUGACGACGUGACCAUCUAGAAAUGCAAUAAGUGGAGUACAAUAACUCAAUAUACAAGAUUUUUUUUGCACACCCCUCUUUAAAAUGUUGAAUCUGGAUUUAUCUACUUUCUGGUUACUGGCUAUUAAAUUGCAAGUGAUUUGCUAUUGUAAAGUUUUUUAAACUUUACUAAAGGGCAAAAGGGGAAAUUGCUGGCAAACUUUUUUUUUCUCCUCCCUUUUUGAUGUGUAUGUGUGCACAUUUUGCAAAUUCCUUAUACAAUGCUUAGGCACCAUUUGUAUCUAGAGACUACUAGAAAACCAAGUAUUAUUAGGUUACUUAAAGCAAAACAUGGUAAAGGUCUGAAAUAUCUAUCUAGAAAUAGUAAAGAGAGUCCUUUUUCUUACAUUAGAGUUGCAUUGGAUUAUGGUAUUUAUUAAAACUAAUGUGCAAGAGAUCAGGCAUUGACAUUACAUCGGUGAGGAUGAAAUAAUUGUGAUGAAUUCCAAUGAGGUGAGUGAGUGCCUGUCUCACACGUCUAUUUUAAUUAUUUGAAUGGGGGGGAGAUGUGAAACCUUGGACACAGAUGUAUUUAGAAUACUAUUUUCUUUCUACAAGUAUAUUUAAAUCUAGGAAUACAUGUCACUUUGAAAAUUACAAACUUUAAAAGGUGAGUUUAAGAAAAACAAUCUUCAUAUCAAGACCAACUCAAUUUCUAUGAGGCUAUACAGCAUUGUGGGCUCUUCUCAUCAUUUUCUUCUGAUAAAUAGGGCACCACAGUACCAUAGUGGUUAGCGUGAGGCUAUUCCAGCUUGGGGCAUGGAGUUCAGACUUAAAUUCUGGUGUUCUCCGUAAAGUACGUUCUUCCCGUGUGCAUGUGGGUUUCCUCCAGGCGUUCUGGUUUCUUCCCACAGUGCAAAGACGUUCCCGUUAGUAGGUUAAUUGGUCAUUGUAAAUUGUCCUGUGAUUAGACUAGGGUUAAAUCAAUGGGUUGCUGCGCAGUGUGGCUCCAAGGACUGGAAGAACCUAUUCCAUGCUGUAUGUCUAAAUAAAUAAAGUGGAUAAAUUUUGUUGUAAUAGACUAACAAAGGCUAUUAUGAUGUGACUGAGCUCAGUUAAGGAAAAAAAUUCCUGAAAAAAUUAAUUGUGCAUCAAAACAGCAAAACAUUAAUUGAUGAAAUGGUAUCAACAUUACUUUGACACCAAAUCCUUUAUUAGUGAGAGUCAGGCAUUCAGAAUGUUCUUUGGAGUAACUAUUUGGUGAUGGGAUGGCAUUGACUGCACAAGGCAGCACUGAAAGCCUGUCUGAGGUAGAACAAUUUUAACAAGAAAUGUCAUUAAACGUUUCGGUUGAGCAAGUAAUGUAUGCAUUUUAUCUUUUCAGCAACUAGUAUAAAUAAAAUGUUUGCGAAGUAUAA